AUGCUUGCCCAAGGGGUCUUGGGUGGGAUUGCUUCCGGCAUGCUAUUUGCCCCCGUCAUGACAUGUGUGAGCCACUACUUUCACAAUCGACGUGCGGCAGCUCUCGGGGUGACAGUCUCUGGAUCGUCCAUCGGAGGAGUUAUUUUCCCCAUUGCCUUGAGCAAGAUGCUGAGAAAUGAAUCCCUAGGAUUCGGAUGGUCCGUCAGAAUAGUGGGGUUCAUCAUCUUGUUCAUGGUUUUGAUAGCCAUGAUCACUGUAAGAGAGCGACUUCCUCCUCGUUAUGGCAAAGUCCUUUUGCCGGCAGCUUUUACUCGCGCUCCGUACACUCUCGUCACACUUGGCAUCUUCUUCAUGAUGUGGGGACUCUUCACUCCAUUUUUCUAUCUUCCGCAAUAUGCGCAGUCUCAUGGCAUGGAUUCGCAGCUUUCUACCUAUCUCUUGUCCAUCCUUAAUGCUGCCUCGGUUUUUGGCAGAGUAUUACCCGGUAUGGUUGCGGACAAGAUUGGUCGCUUCAACAUCUUGAUCAUCACCGGUGUCUGCACAGGAAUUCUACUUUUGUGCUGGAUCGCGAUAACCUCUAGUGCGGCAAUCGUUGUUUUUGCCGUGCUCUAUGGUUUCUUUUCUGGCGGGAUCGUGUCGCUAAUGUCUCCUUGCAUUGCCCAAGUGACCCCAAGUCCGGAUCAGAUUGGCACCCAUCUCGGCAUGUCAAUGGCCAUUAUUGGCCUUGCUGGUCUGACCGGCACCCCAAUAUGCGGUGCUUUGCUGGAAAAAUACGGAACGUAUACACGGGCUGCAAUUUUCAGCGGUGUGGUGAUGUUGUUCGGAUCCGUGCUCGUCAUUGCGGCGAGGUUGCAUCUACAGGCAAAGCUCCUGAAAGUGGUGUGA